AUGGGUAACCAACAAUCAACAAAGAAUAAAAACAAGAACAAAACCUCAUCAAAAUCCUCCACCAACGAACAAAAAUGUUGGUAUGUCGAAGGUCGACGAUAUACCAAUUAUAAGAAUUCAAAAUAUUUUUUUCCAGAUGAUGAUAUCGAAAUAGAUAGAUUACAAAUGCAACAUUAUCUAUUUCGACAUAUAUUCUAUGGAAAUUUUUCUGCUCCGGUAGAGGAUAUGCUUAAGCGAGGUGGCCGAAUAUUAGAUAUAGGAUGUGGACCAGGAACAUGGGUUUUAGAAAACAGUUGUGAUUUCGUCCGAUCUGAAUUUUAUGGAAUUGAUAUUGCUCCAAUGUUUCCAAGCAUGAUUAAACCGCGAAAUGCACAUUUUAUACAGGCUAAUAUUCUUGACGGUUUGCCAUUUGAUGAUAAUUAUUUUGAUUUCGUUCAUUUAGGAUUUUUAUCUGCAUGCUUUUCUGAAGAAAAUUGGACAACACAAGUAAUUCCGGAAUGUAUCCGUGUAUGUAAACCAAAUGGAUGGAUUGAAUUUUAUGAAGGAGAUGGAGCUGCAUUUAAUGGAGGUCCAUGUUAUAUUCGAGUCGUGGAGUCUUUGAGGCAGGAAUUUUCUUCAAUGGGUUUAAAUCUAAGUGCAGCAAUACUUUAUAAAGAUUGGCUGCUUAAAGAACCAAAUCUUACAAAAGUUCAGGAGGAAGUCAGAAAGCAAUCCAUUGGAAGUUGUGAUAGUCUUGCAAUGAUUAUGGAAGAAAGUUUAAAAAUCCUCUUUAAAACUUUGGCUCCACGUCUUGCUAAUAAUUUGGAAAUAAGUUUGAAUGAAUUUGAUAUAAUGUUACAGGCUGUUCACGAAGAAUACAACAAAUAUGGUACUUAUAUGAAUUUUCACAGGGUCUAUGCGCAAAAAACAUCAAUUAACGAACAUGUCUGUUGA